AUGGCACGACAUAGAGCAAACUUAAAACAAGCGAAUAUUACAAAAAAGAAAAAAAGAAGUUGGAAUUGUCGGGAAAAAUUGGCAAUUAUUACAUAUUUGGAAAAAAACCCUAGUGCUAGCAAACGAAACACCGCAGAAAAAUUUGGCAUAGAACCAAAACAAUUACGUGAAUGGAUUAAAAAGAAAGAUGAAUUAAUGCAUUCACCAUUACACAUUAAACGAUUAAAUACUGGAAGAAGCGCUAAGUAUCCAUUAUUGGAAACUGAUCUAAUCUCUUGGGUAAAAUCUCUACGUGCAAAGCAAAAAUUAGUUUCCUGUUAUAUGGUUAAAACUAAAGCCCAACAUGUCUAUGAUUUAACUCAAGAUAAUGAAAGUGUCUACUAUUUAACUCAAGAUAAUGAAAGUAUCUAUGAUUUAACUCAAGAUGAUGAAAGUUCAUAUGAUCUAAGUCAAGAUAAUGAAAAUUUUUAUGAAUCAACUCAAGACAGCGAUUUAAUUCAAGGUGCUAGUUUAGCUACGAGUGAAAAUUAUGAUGAAGAAGUGGAUCUGUUUUAUGAAAAUGAAAUGGUCGAAUAUGAAAAUAUUUGGGACUAG